AUGGGGAAGCCUGCGCGUUACGAUAUUGAUGCGCGCCCGGUGGCGCAUUCAGAAGCCAUUGUUGCAGGCGACAAGUACCGGUUCACCAUCCUUACAGAUGGCCUCCUACGAUUCGAGUGGUCCGAGCAUGGCAAAUUCGAGGACAGAGCGUCGACCUUUGCGGUCAAUCGAAAGCUGGCUGUGCCCGACUUUUACGUGUGGGACCGCGGCCAUGGCAUAGAGAUCGUCACGAAACGUUUCCACGUAAUAUAUGACAAGAAGAAGUUCAGCGCCGAGGGGCUCAAGAUCAACCUCAAGGGCAGUGUUACGGGGAGCUGGACGUACGGGCAGGAUGUCUCGAACUUGGGUGGUACCACGCGCACGUUAGACAUGGUCAAUGGCAGGACAGAGCUGGGACCUGGUGUGCUGUCGAGAGAUGGCAUUGCUGUCUUGGAUGACAGCAAAUCCAUGCUGUUCGAGAAAGAUGGGUGGAUCGCAGGCCGCAGGAACAGCCAAGACAUUGAUUGCUACAUCUUCAUGUAUGGGCGCGACUACCGUGAAGCUGUGAGAGCAUACUACGCCGUUUCGGGGAGCCAGCCAUUGCUACCACGGUACGCCAUGGGCAAUUGGUGGAGUCGGUACCACGCGUACGACGAGAAGGAAUACAUGGAGCUGCACGAUCACUUCAAGAAGGAUGAUGUACCAAUGAACGUGGCUGUCGUGGACAUGGAUUGGCAUCUGGUCCGGAACCUGCCCGACAACAUCAACGGCUGGACAGGAUAUACCUGGAACAAGGAGCUCUUUCCAGAUCCGGAUGCUUUCAUGAAGAACCUGCACGAUCGUGGUAUGAAACUGACCCUGAACCUGCACCCUGCAGAUGGGUUCAGGUGGCACGAAGCUCAGUAUGCCGAGGUUGCGAAAUACAUGGGCAUCGAUCCAGCAAGCAAGAAGACAAUUGAGUUUGACUGCACGAACAGGAAGUUCAUGGACGCUUACUUCGAUAUCGUCCACCACCAGCACGAGGACCGCGGUGUCGACUUCUGGUGGGUUGAUUGGCAGCAAGGCAACACGUCCAAGAUUCCCGGCGUUGACCCAUUGUGGGUGCUCAAUCACUUUCACUUCCUCGAUAGUGGCCGAGGGUCACAAAGACCUUUGAUCCUUUCGCGCUUUGGUGGUCCAGGUGCACAGCGCUACCAGAUUGGGUUUUCUGGCGAUGCCAUCAUCACGUGGGACUCGUUGAAUUUCCAGCCAGAGUUCACAGCCACAGCUUCCAACAUCGGAUACGGGUGGUGGAGCAACGACAUUGGCGGCCAUACACACGGCUACAAGGAUGAUGAACUUACGACGAGAUGGGUGCAGCUGGGUUGCUACUCACCCAUUCUGCGACUGCACUCGGACAACAACCCCUUCAACACCCGAGAACCGUGGCGCUUCAACGAAGAGAGCCGAGUCAUCAUGGAAGAUACUCUCCGCUACCGCCACCGACUGAUUCCCUACCUAUACACAAUGAACGCCCGCUCGGCAUCAGAUGACGAGCCGCUUGUUCAGCCCAUGUACUGGGACUACCCCGAGGAGGACUCAGCCUACAACGUACCCAAUCAGUUCCGUUUUGGUAGCGAGUUGAUCGUUUCUCCAAUUACCCAGCGCCGCGAUGACACCACGCACCUCGGCGCAUCAAAGCUCUGGCUCCCAAGCGGCCGCUACGUCGACAUCUUCACUGGCGUGGUGUACAAUCGUAAGGGCGAGCUGCAAGUUCACCGCCCUCUCCACCAAACCCCCGUGUUUGUCCGUGAAGGCGCCAUUGUACCUCUCGACGGUGCUUGGCGACCCAAGAGCGGCUCACCCAACCCUGAAAGCUUGGAGAUUCUCCUGGCAGUCGGUGCGGAUGGCUCCUUUACGCUUAUCGAAGACGAUGGUACAGGCUCGCAGGUCGACGAUGGCGGGUUCAGGAUGAUCGACGAUGAAGGUGUCGAAGCGUCUGCAGAUAAGACAGUGCACUUCAGCUACACUCCCAUCACAUACAAGCAGUCUACUGGUGUUCUCAAGAUUGGCCCAACCAGCCCGUCCAAUCCUGCUAUUCCCAAGAGCCGGACUUGGAAGAUCCGCCUCCUCGCUCACACCCCAGCUCACGGUGCUGAGAUACGAUGCAUCACCACCUCUCCCAGCACCAAGCGCAACGCCAAACCCCUCAGCUUCACAACAACCCACGAGUCGAACGGCACAGUCAUCACGCUUGGGUCCAUCCCAACAGACAACUCCUGCAUCAUCGAGCUUGGCUCUGCCUCAUCAUCUGGCCCGCAGUUGGACAUUGUCGACCCGAACCCAAAGAUCUGGGACAUGAUCGACAAGGCCUGGAUCAAGAUGGACCAGAAGUGGGAUAUCUGGAACUGCGUCAACAACAGCGAGCCGGUACUCAACAAGGUGCGGGCGCUGAGCAACAGGGGACUGAAGCAGGAGCUGCUCGAUGCAAUUCUGGAGCUCUUGCUUGCUGAUGAACGGUAUGCUGGGGCAGGAGACGAGGAGUAG